UCAGAUCAUCUCUCCAUGCUGAUCCCCUCUUGCAAGAAGGCAGACAAGAACACUUCACAACGAAAGAGCAAGAAGAAUGGAGGUUUACGGCUAAUACCAACAAAAUACAUAUUCAGGACACCGUCCUCAUUUCUAUGGAUGCCAGGACACUGUAUCCUUUAUAUAAUCGACUUGAACAACUGACAAUCAUUAACACCCACUUGAAGGAGUUCCCAUUUCACGUACUUCCCGUGAUGAUGAAGCUGAAAGAACUGCGACUGCCAUCAAAUGCCUUGAAGUUGGUGCCAGCACUCAGGAGCACGAGCCUUAAAACGUUAAUUCUUUCGAACAAUGAAAUAGGCACACUGCAACCCGGCUGGUCCCUGCCCAACUUGGAAUUCCUGGACAUUCGAGGCAACCCCAUAUUGACGUUCCCUUCCCAAGUGGUCGAUGGCAUGAUGAACCUAAUGGUACUUGCUGCGACGAAUUGCAAUCUGGGGCCGGUUUUGUCUAGCGGAUCCUUGGUGUUUCACAGCCGGUCCUUGCGAAUGGUUUUCCUUCAAGACAAUAACAUCGUGAAAGUGGAACCAGGAGCCAUUUCAGGUCUCAGAGGUGAUACGAAGAUAUAUCUUCUGCAGAACAACAUCACAACAUUGAUGGAAGACUCUUUCCGACCUAUGGUGGAGGUCGCCUCAAUGGGCCAUGGCGAAAUCUUCGUAAAUGAUAACCCUCUGAAAUGUGAGGUGAGCAUGGCUUGGCUAGUGCUUAGUCCCGAUGUCGAGCAGGUCCUGCAGAAAGUGAUAUUCUUUGAAUGCUUGGAUGGGACUUCUUUGCUGGAUCUCCUUCUCAUCCGAUUCCUUCAUCUUCUCCUUCCGUUCCAAUGGGUCUACACUAUGGUUUGA